AUGAAUCCAACCAAAAAUAACAACCACCUCCUUAACGAUAACCUUAACCUUUGUUCUCUUUUACUCUUUGUUCUUACACUUCUCUUCUCCGCCGUACUGCUGCUUCUUCUAGCUCCGGCGGUGUGGCCUUCUCCGGUGACUCUCCCGCUCGAGCGAGCUUUUCCGACCAACCAUGGAGUGGAGUUGAGCCAGCUCAAAGCAUGGGACUCUGUCAGACAUCGAAGGCUGUUGCAGCAAACAACAACUACCUAUGUUGUCGAUUUCCCUGUUAGGGGCACCUUCGAUCCAUCCCAAGUCGGGCUUUACUAUACAAAGGUGAGGUUGGGUUCUCCUCCAAGGGAGUUUCAUGUGCAGAUUGACACUGGCAGUGAUGUUCUUUGGGUUAGUUGUGGUUCCUGCAAUGGUUGCCCUGAGACAAGUGGCCUUCAAAUUCAGCUCAAUUAUUUUGACCCGGGGAGUUCAUCAACAUCCUCAUUGAUCUCUUGUUUGGACCAAAGGUGUAGGAGUGGAGAGGAGUCCUCGGAUACGAGCUGUUCUACUCAGAGCAACCAAUGCACUUACACAUUCCAGUAUGGAGAUGGUAGUGGGACUUCAGGCUAUUAUGUAUCAGACUUGAUGCAUUUUGCAAGUAUUUUCGAGGGAUCCGUGACAGCAAAUUCUUCUACGCCUAUAGUUUUUGGUUGUAGCAAUCUACAGACUGGGGAAUUGACUAAGUCUGAUAGAGCGAUCGAUGGAAUAUUUGGAUUUGGGCAGCAGGAAAUGUCUGUCAUCUCCCAGCUCUCUUCGCAAGGAAUAGCCCCGAGAGUGUUCUCGCAUUGCCUGAAGGGUGAUAAUAGUGGUGGGGGGAUAUUGGUACUCGGAGAUAUUGUGGAACCAAACAUAAUUUAUAGUCCACUUGUUCCAUCACAGCCUCAUUACAAUUUAAAUCUGCAGAGCAUCUCUGUCAAUGGUCAACCAUUGCCAAUUGAUCCUACAGUUUUUGCUACAUCAAGCAACAGAGGUACCAUUAUAGAUUCUGGAACAACUUUGGCAUACCUUGCCGAAGAGGCUUACAACCCGUUUGUCAAUGCGAUUGUAGCUGCAGUUCCACCAUCUGUACGCACUGUUCUUUCCAAGGGAAGUCCGUGCUUCUUAAUAUCCAGCAGUGUUUCCGACACAUUUCCUCAAGUAAGUCUGAAUUUUGCCGGUGGUGCAUCUUUGGUUCUAAGACCACAGGACUACCUCAUACAACAGAAUCCUAUUGUUGAUGGAGCAGUGUGGUGUAUUGGCUUUCAAAAAAUCCCAGGUGAAGGCAUAACAAUUCUAGGAGACCUUGUAUUAAAAGAUAAAAUUUUUAUCUAUGAUCUUGCUCAUCAGCGCAUUGGGUGGACUAACUAUGACUGUUCGUUGUCCGUUAACGUCACUGCAUCAACGGGGGGAGGAAGAAGUGAAUUUGUGAAUGCAGGAGAGCUAAGUGGAAGCACUUCUUUACAAGAUGGACCUCACAAGUUGAUACACAUUGGGGUCAUGGCUUUCUUCUUAUACCUUCUAGUUUUGUAGCAUUUGAGAAUUGUAACUAAUAUCUUCUUUUCUUUUUGGCCUUGUAUAUGUAUAUGCCCUAAGAUGUGGCAAUCGGCAAGAUCACAUAUUAGGGAAUGCAUAGUGAAAAUUUCACGUAAUUUAGUCGUGUAGAUUCUCACCGUUGAUUAGGAAGGUGGUUAAAAUUUUGAUUCCACUGGAAAUUCUAAUUCAUAGUGAAAAUCUACACGAUUAAAUCAUGUAAAGCUUUCCAAAUUAGAAGAUCUAUCCUCAGUUUCUCACACAUCAUUAUUUGGGUUGUCACUUGUGCAAUAGGCUUGAUUUUUUAGCUUCAUGUGCCUGCUUAGUUAUGUCACAGCUCUUUAUUUAGAGCCCUGUGGAAUCAAAUUGUUCCCCGGGGUUCUUUUUAUUCUUCUUUGGGGGUAGCAUUGUAAAUUCACAGGUGGUUAAUAUUGAGUUGUAGUUACAACAUAUGCACACAUUUGUACAUUUUUUCGGUUGCUGCAUUUUGCAUCACUUUCAUUU